CACCCCUUCUCUCUUCCUCCUCGCUGCCAACCCACAGCUCUCUCGGCAUCUUUGCGUUCGUGUUUGUUUGGAGAGAAGAGGCCGGAGGGUCAGAAAUGGAGACGAUGGUUCAUGGGAGGAGGGAGCAGCAGCGUCAUGUUGGAUUGGGCCUCGGGCUCGGGCUUGGGCUCAGCCUCGGCGUCGGUGCAGUCGACGAGCAGCCGUGCCGUGGCGCGCGCGUGCCGUCGUCCGCUGCUCCGCCUCCGCCGUCGCAGGAGUGCAGCUGGAGCGGCGCCGGCCUCUUUUCCUCCUCUUCCUCCGAUCGGAGGUCUACGACGAUGAUGACGGCGAUGGCGGCGUGCCACGACGUCGAGAUGCCGUUCCUGCGGGGGAUCGACGUGAACCGGGCGCCGGCGGAGACGACGAGGCCGGGGCUCAGCUGCAGCGAGGAGGACGAGGAGACCGGCGCGUCCUCCCCCAACAGCACGCUCUCCAGCCUAAGCGGCAAGCGCGGCGCGCCAGCAGCGGCCCGGACCGCCGCCGCCGGAGGCAGCGACGACGAGGACUCCGGCGCCGGCGCCGGCUCCCGCAAGAAGCUCCGCCUCUCCAAGGACCAAGCCGCCGUCCUCGAGGACACCUUCAAAGAGCACAACACCCUCAACCCCAAGCAGAAGGCGGCGCUGGCGCGGCAGCUGGGCCUGAAGCCGAGGCAGGUGGAGGUGUGGUUCCAGAACCGGAGGGCGAGGACGAAGCUGAAGCAGACGGAGGUGGACUGCGAGCUGCUCAAGCGCUGCUGCGAGACGCUCACCGACGAGAACCGCCGCCUCCACCGCGAGCUGCAGGAGCUCCGCGCCCUCAAGCUCUCCCCGCCCCACCUCUUCGCCCGCGCCCCGCCUCCCACCACCCUCACCAUGUGCCCCUCCUGCGAGCGCCUCGUCUCCACCACCACCACCACCACCACCACCUCCGCCGCCGCCGCCGCCGGCGACGUCGCCCCCGCCCGGCCGACGUGGUUCCCCCACAGGCCGGCGGCGAAGAGGCCGCCGCCGUCGUAGAAGUACUCCACUGGCGUGGCUAGAGAUGAUUAAUUAGUAGUGGUUUUCUUAAUUAGCAGGGCACUAAUUACUUAAUUAGGGUUGGACGUACUCUGAAGAUUUCUUGUCUAUACAUGUAAUAAUUCACCUCUGGUUUUAAUUACUUUGAUAAUCUUUUUUUUUUUUUGUAUCACCUCACUUCACUUCACCCUGUUUGUUUACUCGACAAAGAAUUAAUACUUGUGUCUUGUACAAGUGAUGCAUGCAAUGGAUCAUCAUUAAAAAAAAAAGUUCCCAAUAUUCGU